AUGGGCCUCUGUCAUUCGAAACCUCCAAGCUCCGAUCGAGUUCCGGCGCAGAAUAGUCCUCUUCCAGCGUCAGAAUCCGUAAAGCCUAACGGCGACAAUGACGGAGAUCACUCUGCAGCCAACAAUGAGGGGAAGAAAUCUCCGUUCUUCCCCUUCUUCAGCCCGAGCCCAGCUCACUCCUUCUUCUCCAAGAAGACUCCGGCGACCAGCGGAAACUCCACGCCGAAGCGAUUCUUCAAACGGCCCUUUCCCCCUCCGUCUCCGGCCAAACACAUCAGAGCCGUUCUCGCGAGACGCCACGGCUCCGUGAAGACCAUCCCGGAAGGCGGCGGCGGCGAAUCCGAGGUGGGUUUGGAUAAAAGCUUCGGGUUCUCGAAGGGCUUCUCGAGUAAGUACGAGAUGGGUGAGGAAGUGGGUCGUGGUCAUUUCGGGUACACUUGCGCUGCUAAGUUUAAGAAAGGCGAUGCCAAAGGACAGCAAGUCGCUGUUAAGGUUAUUCCCAAAGCAAAGAUGACUACGGCUAUUGCUAUUGAAGAUGUGAGGAGGGAAGUGAAGAUAUUGAGAGCUUUGUCUGGUCAUAACAACCUUCCUCAUUUCUAUGAUGCCUAUGAGGAUCAUGACAAUGUCUAUAUUGUGAUGGAGCUAUGUGAAGGAGGAGAGCUUUUGGAUAGAAUACUCUCUAGGGGUGGGAAGUACACAGAGGAGGAUGCAAAGACUGUUAUGAUUCAGAUAUUGAAUGUGGUUGCCUUUUGUCAUCUCCAAGGUGUUGUCCACCGUGAUCUCAAACCCGAGAACUUCCUUUAUACCUCAAAAGAAGACACCUCUCAACUCAAGGCAAUAGAUUUUGGCUUGUCAGAUUACGUGAGACCAGAUGAGAGGCUCAACGACAUUGUUGGGAGUGCUUACUACGUAGCACCUGAGGUUCUACAUAGAUCUUACAGCACAGAAGCUGAUAUUUGGAGUGUUGGUGUGAUUGUCUAUAUUCUGUUAUGUGGAAGCCGACCGUUUUGGGCUAGGACAGAGUCAGGAAUCUUCCGUGCUGUUCUAAAAGCAGAUCCCACUUUCGACGACACUCCUUGGCCUUUGUUAUCUUCAGAGGCAAGAGAUUUUGUGAAGCGGUUGCUAAACAAAGACCCUCGUAGAAGAUUAACAGCUGCUCAGGCCUUGAGUCAUCCAUGGAUAAAGGACUUAAAUGACGCCAAGGUUCCAUUGGAUAUUCUUGUUUUCAAACUCAUGAGAGCUUAUUUAAGAUCAUCGUCUCUCCGUAAAGCUGCAUUAAGGGCUUUGUCAAAAACACUUACGGUUGAUGAACUGUUUUAUCUGAGGGAGCAGUUUGCUUUGCUAGAACCUAGCAAGAACGGAACAAUAAGUCUAGAAAACAUCAAAUCUGCUCUGAUGAAAAUGGCAACAGACGCAAUGAAGGAUUCACGUAUACCUGAAUUCUUAGCACAACUGAGUGCUCUUCAAUAUAGAAGAAUGGACUUUGAAGAGUUUUGUGCAGCGGCAUUGAGUGUUCAUCAGCUAGAAGCUCUUGAUAGAUGGGAACAACACGCUCGUUGUGCUUAUGAGCUUUUCGAGAAGGAAGGAAACAGACCCAUCAUGAUAGAUGAACUCGCUUCGGAACUUGGUCUUGGUCCUUCUGUACCGGUCCAUGCAGUGCUUCACGACUGGCUUAGACAUACCGAUGGAAAGCUUAGUUUUCUGGGGUUUGUGAAAUUGUUACAUGGUGUGUCUAACCGCACUAUCAAAGCUCAUUAGAUGGCUGUUCUAGAAAGUUCCGCAAUAUGUAUGAGAUCUGUCUUAGAUCUCUUCUCUCCCAAGAGCUUUAGACCAAAUUGGGUUUUAAUAUGGCUUUGUCUUUUGUGAUGAAAGCUGAGAAGAAACGAAGAGAAUGUAGCUAAAAAGAGGUGUGUGUGUUAGUUUAUAGAAGAUGGGGAUAGUUUCUAAAUUUGGUAACUUAUGAUGAUUGUUGAUGUUUCUGA